GUUAAAUAUUUUUAUGACUACGUAUUUUCAAUCAUAGCUUAUAAAUUGUUAUUUUAUUAAUACAGUGCAAAAUCGCAUAGUUACUUCAGUUUACUGUAAUCUAUUUCAAAUAAUAAUGAUAUUUCAUCAUAUAUUUAAUUUUUUACCGUGUAUACGAUGUGUAACGUUUUAUCGGACGUUUUACACUUCCGGUAAAUUGCACAAAAAUCAAUUGGAAAAAUUAAAAUGGUUUAAUAAGAGAUAUUUCAACGAACAGUCGAUAUUUAAUUUAAAUACUAACGUCCCAAAAGAUGUGCUUCUAUACAAAUCAUCUAGCGACAAAACGUACAAAAUGAUCAGUGUGUUUUCUAUAGUUCAGUUUGGUUUUUGGAUUACAGUAGCAGAUUCUUACAAUGUCUUAUUGAACAAAGAGCCCGACAAUAAUUCAAACCAUCAACCAAUAUCAUGGGUAGAUAAAAUAAAAUCUCGAGGAAAAAUAGCAACACUCGGCAUUCCCAUCGCCUGUUUAUGCAUGGGUACAAUAUUAAUAGCUAUAUGCUCUGUUUACACAAUGAAAUCUGUAAAAAUGUUGGUUUUAUGCAAAGGAGGUGAUCGUCUGAGUAUAACAUCAUUUGGUUUUUUCAAUCGAAAUAUAACAACAACCAUACCUCUUGAAACAGUUAGCUGUACUGUUGGUAGAAAUUCGAGUGGUCAAAGUAUACCACUAAAAGUCAAAGGAAAAUGGUUUCACUAUACAUUAGAUAAAAAUGGCGAAAUUUAUAAUCCCAAAUUAUUUGAUUAUACUGCGGGUUUGAGUAGGAAUGUAUAAAUAUUUUUUUGUUCAUUUAUUGCAUAGUA